AUGAGUGAAUUGCUUACAUUUUACCCAAAAGAGGAGAUCACUUUCGAAAGACUUAUUAAAAAUUUAUACGAUAGUAAAAAUAUAUAUAAUCAUGAUGAUGGUGUAUUGGGAGCGUUGAACAAAAAGCCUGUAUGCAUCAUUAUACUUGGGAAACCAUGUUCAGGAAAGACUACAUUAGCCAAAAAGUUGUGUUCAAAAUGGAAAAUGCAGCUUGUGAACGCCACGGAACUGGUAAUGGAAAAUAUUGAUGGAGCAACAGAAAGUGGCAAGAAAAUGAGUGAAAUAAUGACUAGUAGUCAGCCUUUGGAUGAAAAACUAGUUUAUAAUUUAAUCAGUCAGAAACUUGAGUCACCCGAGUGUGCUCAUUAUGGAUAUGUACUGGAUGACUUUCCAGCUUACUCUAGAUCAAGUAUUAGUAUCGAGGAUCAAAUCGCCUAUAUUGCAUCUCUAAGUUUGAAACCAGACUUUAUUGUUCAUAUAAAGAUUCCUCAAGUUGAUGUCAUACGUAAGCGUGAAGGAUUGAGAAUUGAUGUUGAAGAUGGAACUGUAUAUUCAAGUCAAAAUUAUAGUGACGAAUUAAAACCAAUUUGUGAACCUGAAGAGAAAUUUAUAGACGAAACAACAAAAGUUGGACGAAAUAAAGCUGAAGACGAUUUAGAUGACAGUUUAGAUAAUGUACCUGAAGAUGAUGUUGAAGCUAUGGAAGAAGUUAAUGACGAGGAGGAAACGAAUCAAAUUAGUAAACAAAGUCAUCCAGAUUUUAAAAAAUUAAAUAAGAACAAAUUAGAAUAUUUAGUUUCGAGAUUAGAAGAUAAUCCAGAAGAAAUGAUACCAGAUUCAGAGUAUCAUGAUCAAAAUAUCGAUCCACACAUAACAUCUUUCAUAAAAAGGUUUAAUCCAUUCAAUGUUAUUGAAUUAGAUGGAAAUCUAACUCCAACUGAACUGUUUUACAACCUACUGGUUAAAUUACAAGGCAUGAAUUUGUAUCCAUCAGUGGCACCAAUAAAAUUUUUUGGUUCAACUGGAGGAGGUGAAGAGGAAGGCGAGGAAGAAUCAAUACCAGAAGACAUAGAUACUGAAGAAUUAUUUAAAAUACUAGCUACUAAAAAAAUGCCCGGUCCAAGAGCUCGUUGGUAUAAAAGUCCAUGGAAACGUUUAUGCCCUGUGGCAUUAUACGAAGGUCAACUGUCUAUAGGGAAACCAGAAUUUACAGUUGGUUAUCUUGGACAAAUAUUUUGUUUAUCAAAUAUUGAAAACUUCACAUCGUUUAUGAAAAACCCAAGACCUUAUUUAUUACCGCCUCAACCGAGGCCACCAUUUCGUGUUGUCGUGCUUGGUCCGAAAGCAUCUGGUAAAACUGAACUCACUCGUAUAUUAGCUGAAUCAUACAGGGCAAAAAUUAUAGACAUAGCUGGAAUGCUUCAAGAAGAAUACAGCAUACGAGUAAAUGAAAAAUCCAAAGAAAUUCAAGCUAAAACUGAAGCGAUUGUAAUAAAAGAAAUCAUGGAAAAACAACAACUGGAAAUUCAAUCACUAGACACCGAAAAAGUAGCUGACGACAAGACUAAAGUGACUGAACAAACUGAGACAAAGAAAGAAGAAGAAGAACAAGAAGCAAAAGCAGAAGAAGAACAACACACGGAAGAUGAUAACGAUUCACAAGAAGGCGAAAAGACAAGUGAAUUAACUGAAAAUAAAGAACGAUCAUCAACGUCAAACAUUUCAGAAUAUUUGCAUCAACCAGUGGACAAAGAUCAUCCAGAAGUUAAAAGACGUGUAGCGGAAGCUCUACAGAACAUAAAACAAGAGUCAAUUGAAAUAGAAGUGGAUUUUUAUGUAAAUGCCGUUCGUGCCGCAGUUGAUGAAGCUGAAACCAAAUUACGUAAGGAUAAUCCAGGUGGUCCUUAUCAUGGUCAAUGGAUUAUUGAUGGUCUUCCUUCACGUCCAGAUGUUUGGAGAAGUUUCACGGAGAAUGCUCCAGAAUUACUGCCUGAUUUAAUUGUUUACUUAGAAGAUACAAGUAACAAUUCAGAGUACUUACUUCGACGAUGGAUUGAAUUAAAAAUUGAAGAAUUCAGUGAUAUUGGAUCAGUUGGUGUAGAUGAGAAUACUGAGAGUCUAAUUGCUCAAGAUCUUGAAAGUGAUCAACCUAAGAUAUCUGAGGAAAGUGUUCUUUUGAGUGGAAGUCAUGGUCAGACUGCACUACUGAGACUCAAAGAAGCAGAAAAACUUUGGGAAGAGAGUUUGAGUUUGUUAACACGUACAACGCAACCGCUAGGUGCUCCUGUUGAUAUCUUGGAAUUGAAUAUAACUGAUAAGACUAUAGAUCAAAUGAGGGAUGAAGUUUUAAAUCGUUUAGUUAAACAAUUUCAAAUAGAACCAGUAGUAAAGACGCAAGAAGAUUUAGAUGAAGAGGAAGAAGAAGACGCUGGUGCAUUUGAAGAAGAAAUUGAUGAAGAGUUCAGUAUGGAUGAAGAAGGUAUGGAGGAAGAUGGAGAAGAAGAUGAACAGAAGGAGGGAGGUGAAGAACUGGAAGAAGAGGAAGAUGGUGAAGAGGAAGAAACAGAUUCAAGCAGAAAUUUACAGAAAAAAUUGGGCUUAACAAGUUACUUCUGUCCAGUUGCAUUACGUGAAUAUGGAGUAUUGCGUGCUGGUGAUCCAGAAAUUGUGGCUGUUCAUCAAAAUCUAGUUUAUUACUUUUCUAACGAAGAGGCUAGAUCAAAGUUUAUUGAAAAUCCAGAUGUGAUAUUAGGUAGUUCCACUGGAUCAUUAAAACCUCCACCGCCUAGAAUCCUAAUGCUUGGACCAACUGGUACUGGGAAGUCUUUGCAUAGUCGUCAGAUAGCGCUGAACUUAAAUCUAGUACAUAUUGAUUUCUUAAGUUUGUUACAAGAGAUAACAUUUCCGAAACUUGGCAAAAAGAUUGGUAAACAAUAUGCCGAUCAAGAGCCUAUACCGGAUAUUGUACUACCUCCACUUGAAGAGUCGGCUAACGAAAAUGAUGCAAAACAAGAAACACCUCAGAAUGAACUACAAAAGUUAAAUUCAACAGAAAUAACAGACGAAUCACAAAAACCGCUAUUGUUAGAUGAACAUGAAACAAAUGUAUACGAAUAUCUUUUAAAUUCUAUACCAAUACCUAACGAUACAUUAGAAUGGUUACUUGGAAAAUUUUGGAAACAAGAACCAUAUAAAUCGACCGGUUUCAUAUUGGAUGGUUUUCCUCAAAGUGUAGAAGAUCUGCAGUUCUUAGUUACAUCGAACUAUUUUUUUGAUUAUGCGAUAUUUUUAACCUCUGAAGCUGACGAAGUUGUCUCCAGGUUAUUACCUCCUAGACUGGAGAUUUGGCGUAAAAUGAUGGCGAAAAAAGCGGAGAAUUUAGCUAAAUUGACGGAAUGGAAAAAUGCUAAAAAGAAAUUAGCCAUGGAUAAAAGACGAUCGGAAAUACUUAAGGAAUUAGAAGAGAAGAGGGAAAAUGCUAGAAUAAGACAAAAUUCCGACGAUCCAGAUGUUGGCGAAGAUGAAGAACUGGAGGAUGAAGUUGAUAUUGAUGAAAUGUUAGCAGAAGAAUUUGCUGAGGAAGAAGAGGAAAUAGAUGAUGAAGAAGAAACUGAAUCUGAUGUUGUAGAACGAUUAACUGAAGAGAUCACUGAAGCAUUUAAUGAUUCUAAUGAUGUUUUCACAGAAAUUUCUGAACAAAUUGAUGAGCUGUCCAUACCAAAGUAUGAAAUUAAUGCUGGUGGUAAGAUUACAUGGGCUCGUUAUCGAAUUGUUAAGCGCUUACAUAGUUUAUUAGAGAAUCGUAAUUCAUUAUUUGAACGUGUCUAUCCAAUUACACCGAAAAUUGCUGAACGCUUAUUAAUCAAUGGUUAUUACUUUCCAAGUCGAUAUGGUCGAUGGUGCCCAGUUACACUACACUUUCAAGAUUCAUGGCUUCCACCUAUUCCAAUGCCUAAUAUAAAAGUGGAUCACUCAAAAUAUUUGAGUAAAUUACCUGGAAUUGUUGGUGAAACACUGCCCUUAAUUAAAGCCAAAACAUGUGCUGCAAUUUAUAAACAGCAUAUUUAUUGGUUUAUUAAUCCUAAUGCUCGUGCAUUGUUUGCAAAAAAUCCUUUGAAGUAUAUAGAGAAACGCAUAGAUCCACCAUCUAGAGUGCCAUUAAGGUUACAUAUUCUAGGAGCACCGAAAACCGGCAAGACAACUAUUGCUCGACGUUUAGCUAAAGAAUACAAUAUACCGGUAGUUAAUGCUGGAGAUUCAAUACGUUGGAUAUUAAAUGAUCCAAGUCAUAUGCAUACAUCAUUAGCUAGUAGAAUUAGAGAACAAUUUAGUCGAGGUGAAUCUAUUUCAGAUGAAUUAACAGCUGAAGCUAUUCAAACAUUAUUAAUGAAUGGUAUUUAUUUCACACGUGGUUAUAUAUUGGAAAAUUAUCCAUUAACUAAAGAACAAGGUGAAUUAUUAUCUGCUCUUGGAAUUCGACCAAAUCUUGCGAUUGAAUUAGUUGUAAAAAAUGAAAAACAAAAAGAAGAAUUAAUUCUACGAGGAAUUACACAAGCAUCAACUUCAACUCAGAUAAAACUGUCCCAAUCAAAUCUUUCAUUUCUUACUUUUGGUGAAAAUCAAAAAACAACCAUUGGAACGGAGGAAGAACACGAUUCAGAUAAUAAACCAGAAAGACAUGAAGAAGGAUUCAAAUUGCCUGAACCAGAAGUGGACACUGCACAAGAAUUAGUUAUUCGUUUAGCAGCAUAUGAUAAUGUUGUAUUGCCACUUAAAGAAUGGUAUUAUUCACGCAAUGGAAUUUUAGUUGAACUAGAAGCUGUUCAAAAUCGUUGGUUAUUAUGGCGUAAAGUGAUUCGUUUAAUUAAACACAGAAUGAAACAUAUUGAAGAAUACAUGGAAAGGAUAACUUCUCACAAGGCUGCCUCCAUAGCUGAACUAGGUGUUGAACAGUGUGAAUAUGAAAAAUUAGCCAGUGAAUUUCGUCAAUAUUGUCCAGUUACAUUGAGAGAAAAGCAAGAGUUAGAAGACACAAUUAAUGAACCUAAACAACAAUUCACCAUCCAAUUAAAUAUCAAUGAUAAUCAAAUAAACAAAUUAGAUUGUAUCAGUUCAACUAAGCAUAAUCUGCAGAAAAUUUUACCCAGCAAUAAUUACUGUAGUGAAGAAAAUUAUUAUGCCAACCUGAAUAAUCAGAACAAUAAUAGCAAUACUGUUGCUGUCAGUGCUAUUGAUAAUGAUGAUGAUAAUAGUAAUGGAUUGAAUAAUUUAAUUCAUAUUCAUACAUCCAUGCGUUUCACCGCUGAAUAUGAAGGACGUUAUUAUCGUAUGGCUGGACCAAGUGAACUACAAGCAUUUCUAGCUAAUCCAACUAGAUAUAUUUCACCGAAUAAUAUGCAUGCCUUACCAGAAAAUGAAUUAUUGCCAGUACGAUUGAAAGGGGAUAAUUUGAAAAGGAUACAUGAUUCACAUCCUAUACCAUUAGCCUUAAAUGGCUAUUGUCCGGUGUGUUUUUAUCAUAGCAAAUCAAGAUAUGAAGGUUUAAAAUUAGGACUAUCGGAAUAUUUGGCUAAUUAUAAUCAUAAAAUAUAUACAUUCUGUUCAAAUAACUGUUUAUUAAAUUUCCUCAGAAAACCUACCCUUUCCGCUGAUUUACAACUGCCACACAAAUUGCCUCCAGUUGCAAACCCUAUAGCAGUGAAGUCACUACCAUUGCCUGGUUUUCUUGAACAAACCUUAGCUGUAGCCCUUCGCAAGGCAUUAUCUGCUAUCGGUCAAGAAAGACCGAAAUUUCCAUUUGUUACAAUUAGACGAUCAGCACUGAUUUAUAUGGGAUUACAUUUAAAAGCUUAUAAUCCACAGUUCCCUAUAAAUGAACGAAAGAAAAAUCAACAAAAGUUGGUUGAUUACAUGAAUGCUUGUCACCUAAUACCAUGGUUGGUUAAAUCUAUGCCAAUUCAAUUUCGACCAGCCUCUAAACGUUCCAUGGAAUUCAAUACAAAACUGUAUCGCUUUCUUGACCUUGAAAAGCACAAUGAUCUCCCUGAAACAUGGAUCUAUUAGAAUACUAAGAAGAUAGACACAAAUCAUGUAUCUUAUAAAUAGUUUACUGAAAUAUAAACAUAUAAGUAAAAUAAUAAGUUGGAAUC